UGACGACUUCAGCAUGUCUUCCUUCUCUCGCCUCCAAUUAGCAGCUGCAUUGAUUGAAUAUGACAACGAUGACUCUGACCCGAACACACCGCACCGAUCAGCUCACGACAGUGCCAUCUUCGCUCAUCUCCGUCGCAACAAUGGUCCUCGCCGAGGAACAGCCUCGAGAGCAAGCACGGACUACCUAGGCGUCGCUUUACCGAGUGAGGCGGGAAGCGUGGGUGGUAGAGAGUCCGUCCUUGGCGGAAGGGAAUCUGUUCUUGACGGAAGAAGAUCAAGGAGCUCUGUUGAUGCGUUGCAAAAUCCGUUUGGCCGCGAUUCCACGUACGAAGGGAUGCUUGGAGAAGAUGAGGGGAGCGAAGAGAUGGAAGUCGACCUGACAUCGUGGGGGCUGGAUUCUUUACUACCAGCCGACAGGAAUUCCAAGGACUCGAAGGGUGCGCGCAGGAAGAGCAAACCCGACCCUCUCAAAUUCUCCAGCGAGCGUCCAUCGGGGUUGAGAUCAGAGCCCGGACGUCGAAUCAGUGGUGCGCGGACGAUGAGCAUGGGGAACUUCAGUGAAUUUGACGGGGCCGCAGACGCGGAUAGCAAAUCGGCACUGACAGUCCUCGGAGGACGACGCUUCUCUGUCGGCGCACCUAUCGAUUUGCCUCCACCGAAGACACCUACUGAACAGCGUCCGCCCCGCGGCCGUAUAGCGUCCUCUCAUGCAGUUCUCGAAGAUAUCACUGGAAGUCGCCAACCACAUUUUGUUCCCUUCCCCAUUGGCGAGUCCGAGCGUUCGGACUCUCCAAGGAUGACAAGUGACAGAACCUCCACCGGGCGACCGCUGUCUCGCGAAACCGAGCCCAUGGUCAAUCCUUACGCCCAUAACCCGACAUACUCUACUGCUAGUUCGCAGGAUACGCUCAACCAGGACCUGCCGAAUCCCUUCGCUGUCAGGCCUCCUUCCCCAGAUCGCACUUCUAGGUUCGACCCCAAGGCGCGAGCGCGUUCCACAUCUUAUGGUUCAGUAAGCGGCGUGCUUGCUCCUGGUGCCGACGGAGGAGAAUCUAACCCCUUCGCUUUGCGGCCGCCAUCACCGAGCCGCACUUCGCGGUUCGACCCCAAGGUUCGCGCUCGCACUGUGUCAAAUGCUUCGUUGGGCACACAGAUGCUCCUUGAUCGACAAGACGCCAGCGACGGAGGCUCGCCUCCCCCGCGUUCGCGGCCAUACUCACGACUAGAGCUCAUGCGCCCGAAGGUGCUCAUCAUGCCCAGCCCACUGCAGUCUGCCCCAGCGGCGCCGGCUCAGCCAUGGAAUAGUGCAAUGGAGGGCUUCCAGUUGCAUGCCUCCGACGCAGCGCCACUACCACCCGGUGCACGCGCCGCUUCGCGACCGAUGUCGAUGAUGGAUCCUUCAGACGGACUUGCUGCGUCUAACUUGUUCACGCCCAACCCACGGGCCAGCCUUACAUUAUCUCAGCUCACUUUCCGUAAUACGCUCAUGGUGGAUGGCCAGCGGGACCCCGCAUACGCUGACAUUGAAAGCCAUCUGCAUCGCGCCACUCAGGAUGGCCAGCAGAUAGAGCCCGAGCCCGAGCCGGAACCAGAGCCGGAACCUGUACCGCAGACAGCUCCUGAGGUCGUCACAGAUCCAAAUAUUCGCUCGAAGCGCCCUCCGGGCAAGCUGUACGGGAAGAGCCUAAUCGAUGCCAUCGAGGCGCGCAAAGCGGAGAUGCGUGGCAAGCAGCGGGUAUUCACCGGAGAUCAGCGGCCAUCCAUGAUGGCACGGCCAACGCUGGGUCGAGCCAGCACCCUCAUCGACCCAGAAUCCUUGACACAGCGCCCACAAUCGCGUCACAUGGAAGGGUUCCGGUCACAGCCCAACCUCAUCAGACGCAACUCCGGCAGUGCGCAGCCAUUGCUGAACUUCGAUAGUGAAACUUCUUGGCCGCCGCAGCCGCGGCCCACUCUGGUUUCCGACGCCGUUCAUCCGGGAAGUAAGCGGUCUGUUUUUGGUGUAGACACACUAUGGGAGAGGGAACUCGCAAAAUUACACGACAUUGAGGAACAGGAGCGUGUUGCGGCCGAGCAGGAGGCAAGGAGGCGAGCGGAGGAAGAGGAACGUAAUGCUAAGCAUGGGAAGAAAGGCAGGGGCAAGAAGAAGAGUAAGCAGAAGGGCAAAAUGGAGGCGUCCGAUGUGGCGAGCACAAUGGUGCUUGCUUCCACCUCCGACCUUGCCCUCGAUGCUACCCCAGAUAUGCCUGAUCCGAGACCGUCUCUGGUCCUCCCGGAGAUUGAGCGGGUGUCAGGCGCCAGACUCGCUCCGCCAUCCCCUGCUGUGGACGAUCUGACAGAGGAAGGGAGUUCGUCCAACGAAGCUCCGCUGCAGCAGAGGCAAAGCAUGUUAAAAGACGUCCAGGCCGAUGAGUGGAUCACUGACUUGACCGAGGAGGAUGGUCGAGGCCAUCGGCGGACGACAAGUUCCGUCUCAAGACCUGCGAACCACACCCUAGUAUCGCCUGUUGCUCCGCGAUUGGUUGGACGGGAGGACAACGACGAUUCGAGUGAAGAUGACCUGCCCCUGGUUGCGACAAUAGGUCGUGCCGCACACAGGAUGGCCCGUACACAGGGCUCGGAUGACGAGUCAGAAGAAGAGAAACCUCUCUCUACUCUCCUGCAGGACAAGGUGAAACUGCAGCUCCCUCCGAUGAGCACGAGCGGCGGCCUCUUUCCUGAAAGCGCUGCCAAGAGUCAGAAUGAAGAUGACGAGGACAACAAGCCACUGGGACUCCGUGCUUCUCGGGUCAUGGACUCAGCACAGAUGAUGGGUUCUCCGAGUCAGAUCGAGGACACGGAAGACGAUCAACCACUCGCGUUUCAUCCGGAGCAGAUGCGCCGAACUCAAUAUUUUAUGGCUCAGCAACAGCAACAGCAACAGCAGAUGAUGAUGCAAGCACAAGCUGCCUCGUUCCAUCAGUCCAUGAUCUUUGGAACGCCGUCGAUGAUGGCGUCUGGCUUCUUCGCCCCGGCCAUCCCUCCGGCGAUGAUGAUGAUGCCUCCUCAGCUCUCGACAACACCGCCGCCUUUGCAAGAGGCAGCAAAAUUCGGUCGAGUUGACAAAUGGAGGCAUGAUGUGGCAGUUGAGGGAGAGCCUUAG